AUGAAGGCUGGGAUCGCAACUCUUGGACUUCUCGCAGGGCUAUUGGACGGUGUGCAAGCCCAGUACGUCGCCACAGACCACAUCCGCGUGUUCCUGUUCGGGCAGACAAGUUACUUCUCCGAGGUCGCGGUUGAUGUUCGCAACAAUACGUGCCUCAGCUUGGACAACAACUUGAUAGAUGGAAAGGUGCAGUCGGUGUUGGUCGGUGGACACAACAUCUGGGAUGUGUACCAGCGGAACGACGAAUGGUACUGCAUACUUUACGAUAACUUCGAUUGUACCGGUUCAGAGGCAUCCAUGAUUACCGUUGCGGGUGGGACAAAUAAUUUGGCGACCGCCGGGUGGGGGAAUCGCGUACAUGGACUGCGUUGUAUAAACGAUGACCCGGCUUGA